AUGUCACAUUCUUUAGAAACUAAAGUUCAAGUAGUCAUCCUAAUGGCAAAAUAUGAGUCUCCUGUUAUGGUUAUUCGUGAACUACGACGCCGAGGAACGACAAAUAUUCCAGAAAGGCGUACAGUAACAUCAAUAUACCAGAAAUUCCUCGAAACUGGCUCGGUUGGAGACCGUGCUCAUACAGGAAGACCCUCAACAAUAACAGAAGAUAAAGCUCAAGAGAUUCAACAAAUUUUGGAUGAUGAACCUAUGAACAGUGUUCGAACUGUGGCACGAGAAGCAAACAUUUCCAAAUAUCAAACACAUCAGAUAAUGCGAGAUAUUAUCGGAUAUAAACCAUACAUGAUGCAUAGCGUUCAACAGUUAUAUGAUGACGAUAUGGAUAUAUGUGUGGAAAUGUCGGAACAUCUGAUACUGAUUCUUGAAGAUCAAAGAAAUGACGGAAACAUUUUUUUUCCUGAUGAAUCAACUUUUUACGUUUCCGGGGUCGUGAACAAGCAUAAUUGUCGAAUUUGGACACCAACUAAUCCCUUCAUCACCAUCGAAUCUGCGAUGAAGUCUCCCAAAGUGAACGUUUGGUGUGCGAUGUCUAACAAGCAAAUCAUUGGCCCAUACUUUUUUGAAGAUGAAACAGCCAAUCGACAAAACUAUCUUCAGAUGUUAAAAAAUUAUUUUUUUCCAAUUAUGCAAAGAAAAAGACUUCAUAAUAAGAUGAUUUUUCAGCAAGAUGGCGCGCCGCCGCAUUUUUCCAAAGAAGUUCGUGCAUGGUUAAAUGACAAAUUCAAUGGAAGGUGGAUUGGCAGAGAUGAUCCAAUAUCUUGGGCACCACGUUCUCCAGACUUGACGCCACUUGAUUUUUUUCUAUGGGGAUACAUCAAACCAAAAGUAUACAAAACGAAGGUCAACGAUAUUGCCGAACUGAAGGAAAGGAUUGAACAAGAAAUAAAAGGUAUAAAAAAAGAAACAUUGGAAAAUGUUUUUGAUGGUGUUGUGAAAAGACUCAGAUCGAUGUAA